CCACCCAGCCUCUUUUUCUAGUUCCUGUCGGGAGUGGACGCCUGGUGCAAGAUGUGCAGUGAAGGUGGCCUGCCGUCCGAGAUGCAGGACCUGGAGCUGGCGAUCCACCACCACCAGUCCCUGUAUGAACAAGUGACCCAGGCCUACACAGAGGUUAGCCAGGAUGGCAAGGCACUGCUGGAUGUGCUACAGCGUCCCCUGAGUCCUGGCAACUCUGAGUCCCUCACAGCCACAGCCAACUACUCCAAGGCAGUGCACCAGGUCCUGGAUGUGGUCCAUGAGGUGCUGCACCACCAGCGGCGGCUUGAGAGCAUCUGGCAGCACCGCAAGGUGCGGCUCCACCAGCGGCUGCAGCUCUGCGUCUUCCAGCAGGAUGUCCAGCAGGUGCUGGACUGGAUUGAAAACCAUGGCGAGGCCUUUCUGAGCAAACACACUGGGGUUGGGAAGUCCCUGCAUCGAGCCCGAGCCCUGCAGAAGAGGCAUGAUGACUUUGAAGAGGUGGCUCAGAAUACCUACACCAACGCGGACAAGCUCCUAGAAGCAGCAGAGCAGCUGGCUCAGACGGGGGAAUGUGACCCGGAGGAGAUCUACAAGGCAGCUCGACACCUGGAGGUGCGCAUCCAAGACUUUGUACGCCGGGUGGAGCAGCGCAAGGUUCUCCUGGACAUGUCCGUCUCCUUCCACACGCACACCAAGGAGUUGUGGACAUGGAUGGAAGACCUGCAGAAGGAGAUGCUGGAGGAUGUUUGUGCAGACUCUGUGGAUGCGGUCCAGGAACUGAUCAAGCAGUUCCAGCAGCAGCAAACCGCCACCCUGGAUGCCACACUCAAUGUCAUCAAGGAAGGCGAAGACCUUAUCCAGCAGCUCAGGUCAGCGCCUCCCUCCCUGGGGGAGCCCAGCGAGGCCAGGGACUCUGCUGUGUCCAACAACAAGACGCCCCACAGUAGCUCUAUCAGCCACAUCGAGUCGGUCCUACAGCAGUUGGACGAUGCCCAGGUGCAGAUGGAGGAGCUGUUCCACGAGCGAAAGAUCAAACUAGACAUCUUCCUGCAGCUGCGCAUCUUUGAGCAGUACACCAUUGAGGUAGAGGAGGAGGGGCAGGGAAGGCAGGGGGCAGUGCCAAAAACAAAAGACAGUGUCCUAAGGGAGACCAAAGGAAUUAUGCAUGAUGGAUUCAAUUUUCAGAACUCAAGAAAGUGUCUACCAUGAUAUACUUUUUUUUUU